GAUGCGCUGCCUCGAAGACAGAGCCGUGCCGACAGUCCAGUCAACAGGAGCGUCUCUUUUUUUUUCUCCUUACCUAUAUCAAAGGCGAUCGGACAUCCGAGUGUUUUAAGUCGCGUGUGAUCGGCCCGGUAUCUUGGCGGAGGAGAGAUUUCUUAUCGACACGUCGUCGAUAUCUCUGCCAACGAGAGACUUUGCGGGUUCGAUAAAGUUUGGAAAAAAAAAAAACAGUAAUACCAGUGAUUAGAACUAUCGAGUGAUUAGAGAACGAGAGCGUGAACUUGGAAUCCGGGAUCGCGGUGUCUGUGGAUAGCCGGUCAAGAUGGGCUCGUUUGGGAUCGGAACGGUAGCAGCUACAACCGCGAGCCUGAUAUUCACGGUGCUGUUGGCAAGCGGCGAUGCUGCAUUGGCAAGGACGGCGUUCGAGAAACUCACCGAUUACGAUUAUCGCGGCACCACCUAUUACAGCGUGAGGAAUCUCUCGUUGUACGAGUGCCAGGGAUGGUGCCGGGAGGAGGCGGAAUGUCAGGCCGCCGCGUUCUCGUUCGUCGUGAAUCCGUUGGCGCCGAUGCAGGACACUCUCUGCCAACUACAGAACGAAACCACCGCCACGAAUCCGGCCGCCCAGCCCCAGAGAGCUGUCAAUAUGUACUACAUGACGAAACUGCAGAUAAGAUCCGAAAAUGUUUGUUUGCGACCGUGGGCCUUCGAACGUAUUCCGAAUAAAAUGAUUCGAGGAUUGGACAACGCAUUAAUUUACACAUCCACGAAAGAAGCUUGUCUCGCGGCUUGCUUAAACGAGCAUCGCUUCACCUGUCGCUCCGUAGAAUAUAAUUACGUGACACUUCAGUGUCAUUUGAGCGAUUCGGAUCGUCGAACAACAGGUCAAUAUGUUCAAUUCGUGGACGCGCAAGGAGUGGAUUACUUCGAGAAUUUAUGUUUGAAAGGAAAAGAGGCCUGCAAGUAUCAAAGGAUUUUCCAAAUGCCCAGAAUCGGUGUAGCGGACGAUAAAGUUGCACAAUACGCAGGCCUACAUUAUUACACCGACAAGGAGUUGCAGGUUCAGAGCGAGUCCGCUUGCAGAUUAGCCUGCGAAAUCGAAAACGAGUUCCUUUGUAGAUCUUUUCUCUAUCGUGGCGCUCCUCAAGGAUCAGCUUAUAAUUGUCACCUCUUUCAUCUGGAUCAUUGGACUCUUCCGGAUGGACCUUCUACCUAUCUUAACGCAGAGAGGCCUUUGAUCGAUAAUGGAGAACGAGUUGGCACUUACUUUGAAAAUUUCUGCGAAAAAGGCACUGGACCAUUAGCAGACCCAUUACCGGUAGUUUUUGAAACUACAGAAGAUCCUACGAUAAACAAUCUCACUAGAAACGAUAUUAAUUGCGAUAAGACCGGCACUUGUUAUGAUGUAUCGGUUGAUUGUAAAGACACUCGUAUCGCUGUUCAAGUUCGUACGAAUAAACCCUUCAAUGGACGUAUUUAUGCUCUUGGACGAUCCGAAACUUGCAAUAUUGAUGUUAUCAAUAGCGAUCUCUUUAGAUUGGAUCUUACGAUGAGUGGACAAGACUGUAAUACUCAAAGCGUGCAGCGUGACGGUUUUCAGACUGGAAUUUAUUCAAACACGGUUGUACUGCAACAUCAUUCCGUGGUAAUGACAAAGGCUGAUAAGAUUUACAAAGUCAAAUGUACAUACGAUAUGUCCUCGAAGAACAUAACUUUCGGUAUGAUGCCAAUCAGAGAUCCAGAAAUGAUCAGUAUCACUAGCGCACCGGAAGCACCUCCACCAAGAAUUCGCAUCCUCGACAGUCGAUCGCGAGAAGUUGAAACUGUACGCAUUGGCGACAAGUUGACGUUCAGAAUCGAAAUCCCCGAAGACACUCCAUACGGAAUUUUCGCUCGCAGUUGCGUAGCUAUGGCAAAGGAUUCAAAAAGCACAUUCCAAAUUAUCGAUGACGAAGGGUGCCCCGUCGACCCUUCCAUUUUCCCCAGUUUCACUCCCGACGGUAAUGCUCUGCAAUCUGUAUAUGAAGCUUUCAGAUUCACCGAAUCUUACGGCGUGAUUUUCCAAUGUAAUGUAAAGUACUGUCUGGGACCCUGCGAACCGGCUGUUUGCGAGUGGGGACGCGAAUCUGUAGAAUCGUGGGGUAAGAGACGUAGAAGAAGUCUUGCGAAUUCGACAGAAGAGAAAGGCGAAGAUAUGACUCUAUCCCAAGAAAUCUUAGUGCUCGACUUUGGCGAUGAGAAACAAUCCGAAUUUCUAAAGAGCGAUGCCAGCAUAGACUUCAAUGAAGCAGAUAAAACAGUGACUAUUGUGGAGCCAUGUCCAACAAAAACCUCGGUGCUGGUGCUCGGUGUGACGUGUGCUCUUCUGGUGCUCAUCUAUAUCUCUACGAUCUUCUGUUACUACAUGAAGAAGUGGCUGACACCUCGCAAAAUGAUGCCUUAAGGAAUAAAAAAGGAUUUAUCUGCAGAGCGUAUUCGCAAAAAUAUAAACGAAGAGAAUGAUAAUGAACAGAGUGCGGAAGUUCACACAUACAUUUCACACGUACACACAGGCAUAUUCAUAUCGUAAGUUAUCAAAAAAUUCAUACUCAUUUUUAUUAUAUUCAUUUUCAUUAUAUUCGCAACGGGUAAAGCAUGUGUAAUGUAAGAGGUAAAAGAUUUUUAUUUUUAUUAUCAAAAAGGGGGCACAAUCGUACUAUUAUCAUGCGUAUCUAAAUUAUGUUCAUUUAUGUGCAACAUAUCAUUAAUGACGAUUGCAUUAAUUAUGCAAUAUUCGAUAUACAUAUCGAUAUUGAUUAUUAUUGUAUGGAUGCAUAAUAUCUAAAAGAAUAGUUAUACUCGUUAAAAUAGAUAUUUUCGAGACAGUUACUCGACAGACAUUAAUAUUAUACAUAUAUCGUUUCAUGCGCGAAAAUAAGUUUACACACACAUUAAAAUUACUGUGACUGAGUGCGACGAAGAUUACGGAUCUCUUGUACCAUAUGUUGAAAGCAAACACCUACACAUAUUCGAGGUCUAUAACGAGGAGGAUGACUCGACAUCUCUUAACCGAGGUAAUAUUUAGCAAGGAAUAGCUCAUGAAUAUCAUAAUUUUUAUGAAGAUUGCGUCCUUUUUAUGAUGGUCACAGAUAUAUUAUAUAAUCAAUGCGUCAAUGAUAACAAAGCAACAUUUACAUUUUCAUUGAAUGUUAAAGAUAUUAGAUGUCUGCAAGAAUAAUAUAUACAACCACUUUGUGGCUAUGAGUACUUAACAACUCUAUAUUUUGACUCGACAGAUUGUACCGGGAUAUCAUUGAGAUAGCAAUCGGCAUUGAAUUUUACUGAUACAAUUUAUUUUGAACGCAUGAGAAAAGCAUUGCUACAUAAGCGAUUGUGAAUGAAAUUUGAAUGACAGUUUGCGCAUGUCGGAGAUGUUUGUGUAAAGUUGGCGACCGAUUCUUUUGCAUACACAUAGAUACAUACACAUACAUACGUACGUACACAUAUACGAGCAUUUCGUGGAGCUCAUUCGCGACUAAGAUCAUCUUGAAAAUGCAAUGAGUAAAUCUUAUUUAAGAAUAAUCUUAGAUUCAAGCUAACUGUCCUCUAGUAGCUACUUCUGAUCGGGUUGCAAGGAGAAUAGGAACGAGCGGACGAAUUUAUUUUUCGUUAUUUGCUCGAAGCGAAAUUUCUCUGAUGCUUUUUAAAUGAUUAAGAGAUGCGAGCCUGGUUACUGUUUUCAGUCAACAGAGAUCGAUUUGUAACCCGCAUCAAGACUAGCGGUAUUUAAAGGUUCACGCUUCACUAACGUCUUUAACGAUACAAGUAGCUUUAAGAUAGUAAUUAAGCAUGUAAGCAUAGAUGAAAGAAGGAAAAAAGAAUGAGGUCGAGAAGAUAUUUUCUCAGAUUUAGCGGAUUCUCGAAGCGAUUUGUACUUUGUUCGUUAUCCAUACGAAUAAAUUUUUCAUAGAGAAAAAAAAUAAAAAAAAGCUCUUUAUUUACAUAUAAGUAUAUACAAAGUCCAUUCCCACAAUAAUCGUAUUAAUCAUAUAUAUAUAAUGAUUAAUUAAUGUUGGAAUUAAUUUAAUAAUAAUGGUUAAAUAAAAAAUGUUUUAAAGUAUCAACCACUUGCGAGAAGCCGCUGAAGAAAUUGUUUUUCAAGACUUACAAAUAAGAGUACCUCUACUCAUGAAAUUCGUAUUAGUAUUGGAACUGAUGAGAGAAACACUUGAAAAACAUUCGGUUACUUAAGUGUAGAUAGUCUCUGCGCAUUUAUAGCUGAGGUUCUCGAGGACUCUUAAAAUUUUAACUGUGCGCGUUCAGAAUAUUAAACGAGAAAUACUCGAGGUAUUAUCGGAGGUAUAAGUAGCUACAUAAUAAUUUUAUAAGGACAAUUAUAUAUACUUUUUCAGUUUAUCAAUUCCAUUUAAUUAAUAAACUCGCGCUAUAAAUAUCCCAUUGAAUAUUUUUUCUUGUUUCAAAUAUUAAUGGAGGAUUAAUAUGAAAAUAUGUUUGGACAAUAAAAUUUUUAUGCACAUUAUGUAAAUAAAUAUGGACUUU